AUGGGUGGAUUUCUCUCUUGGAGGAGAUCGACGGCUCAAACGCCAAUAGUCGAAUACGCGGAUCGAGUAAAAAAUGCUUUAUAUAAUAAUUUCCGAGGCAUCAUUGGAUUCAUUCCGCCAGUUCUUAUUUUACCUUGGUUUUUCGAAAUGGGUCAGCACGACAGAACAGUGAUACUCAUGUGGGUCACUAUGAUAUGGAUGUUCUUUUGGCAACCGACGAGUAUUCAAGCCUGUGGACUUAUACCGAUGUUCAUGCUCCCAAUGUGCGGUGUGCUUUCUAGUUCUCGUGUUUGUCAAUGUUAUUUUAAUGAUAUCGCAGCCCUUCUUCUGAUGGGCACUAUGGUUCAUUUACUUUUAAACAACUCUGGGGUGGAUCGCCGAAUUGCGCUCUGGUUCCUUUGUGCCGGUAACUCAAGUCAAUUUUCAGGAAUCAGACUCGUCUACAAAGCUAGUAUGGCUGCAUUUUUACUGUCAGCAGUUUGUAAUAAAUUUAUUGUGACAUCUAAUAUUAUAGACAUCAUGACAGUGGUGCUAACAAGUCUACAGGGAAAAUCAAAAAGCCGCACGGAUUUUAAAAAACUAAAAUAUAUUAUAAACAACGCGAUUCAAACAGCCUCUUCAAUUGGUAGCAUUUGUAUCAUUCAUGCGUCGUAUGCUACAUUAUUUUUCCGAGGCAUCUGGUUUGUGAGUGCUCCCGAGGGAAUGGAGUACCCGGACAUUUUCAACUAUUUGCAAUACUGUUGCUACGCCAUUCCCACUGCUUUGGUCAUGUUCUUAUGUAACGUAUUUUAUCACAUGGCACUUAUCAUCAGGAUUACUCGUGCACCUUUCAGUGAUAGUGAUAUGGUAGAAGUUAAGAAAUUAUUGCACGAACAAAAGAAAGUUUUGCCGGAAAAAAUGGGCUCGCAUGAAAAGCUAACUCUAAUCUUUGCAACAAUAGCAAUGCUUGCUUUUAUUUUCCGCUGGUGUGUUUGGUUGAAUAUGGGCUGGGCAACAUUUCGAAGAGAAGCUAUAUCACCAUCGAUACCUGGUAUCAAAGAUGCUACAGUUGCAGCGAUAUUUAUUAUGGUACUACAUUUACUACCAAGAACAUUAGGAUUCACGAGAUUUCUGACUGCUAAAAGAAAAAGUCAAUUGACAAUGAAACCAGAAUCUGCAAUACUAUUUUGGCGUUUUGUUAAUAAGCACACAAACUAUGGAUAUUUCUUUUUGCUUGGUGGCGGCGUUUCCUUGAAUGUAGCAGUACGAAGUACAGAUUUAUGCGCAUCGAUAUCGGCGGGUUCAGGAAAAUAUUUAACAGACUAUAUCUGGUGUUUGUCACUUUUUCUGGUUGUGUUCAUCGCAAUUUUCCUAGCCAAUAUAAUGCCCGGGGUCGCUGCUUGUUGCAUAUUUUUACCCUUUGUUGUUAACAUGGCCGAAGAACCAGACGCGCCGGUACCGUGGCCAAAGAGAGUUUACAUUGGUGCUCUCGGCGUUGGCGUAGCCAGUUCCAUGACCUUUAUGUUUCCAUUUUUAAAUACACCUGCAUAUUUUUGCAAUACAACUGGAAAAGUUCCCAGGGGAAUUAUGGCAAAAUACUCCAUACUUAGUGUGAUUAUUUGUGGUAUUAUUAUUUGGUUGUCUUUAUGCUAUUGGGCGCCUAUAGUUUGGGAUCCUACUGGUGAGGGAAUUUCGCCCGUAAUUAGUCCAUCUGGUAACAAUACCACAUUGCUGCUGUAGACAAUAAAAGGAAGGCCCAGCCGCAAAACUGUUAUGCGUUUCGAGUAAAGUAUUGUAUUGUAGUUCUUUUUUUAUUUGAUUCAAUUUGUGAAGUUUACUCACUACUUUUUUUAAGAGAAAACUGCGGGGUACGAAGUUAAAGCCGGUGUUGUUAGGGUUAUUAGCGCGGCAAUAUUAUUAACAUGAGAUAUGGGCUAAAAAAUUUAAGGCAGGCCUAGUAUAUGAUGCUAAAGCAUAUAUAUGUAUAGUUAAUCCAGUCAUCUUAAUUAAUACCCAGCUAAAAACUCGUAUAUACUUGUAUUU